AUUUUGAACUGAGUAAUGGAAUCAAGAUGGCUGUUAACUUUGAAAAGAAUGUGCAGAAAAAUAAGAAAACGGGCUGGGAAAGACCUAUCCGAAUAGCUGUGAAAGAUGAUUCUGAUACUUUGUACUAUGUGUGGCAAUGGGAAGACGAGAAAGGAAACAUGAAUCCUUACGGUGUGAAGAAUACACUUGAGCUAGAGACUGCUCAUAAACAAAUGAAAGAUAGUGUGACAAUAGAGGCAUGUAGUAGAUCAUACAGUGUUGAUAUACAGAACAUGGAACAGAAAAAUACUGUCACUGAUGUCUCAAGGAAGGUCUUUAGAGAACAGUCAAAUGCAAUAAAAGCAGAUCCUGGUGCCCCAGAGCCAGUUGCUACAACUUCUAGUGCCGACACUCCUAAGAAGGCUACAAAAGGAUCAACUGGAGCAGGUAAAUCAGGUGGGAAAGUGAAAGCCGAGCCUGAUGAUGAAGUGGAAACGAAAGCAGCAAAAUCUGGUGGCGGAAAAUCUGGCAGUAAAACGAAAUCUGGAGCGAAGGAGAGGCCUGCGGUGAAGUCGAUUGUGUUGUCUGGUAAGGCACCUGUCGAUGCAGAGUGUACUUCAUUGGUUGGAAAAGCUCAUGUAUACUAUGAGGGGAAAGAUGUGUAUGAUUGUAUGUUGAAUCAGACAAAUGUCUCGAACAACAACAACAAGUAUUUCAUCAUACAGCUGUUGGAAGCAGAUGACAAGAAGAUGUAUUACACAUGGUUCAGGUGGGGUAGAGUUGGCUAUUCCGGCAGUAACAAUCUUAUACCAUGUGGUGCGAGCCUUGACGCUGCCAAAAAACACUUCUUUAAAAAGUUUAAAGAUAAGACACUAAAUGACUGGGCCAAUAGGAAACAUUUUGUGAAGCACCCGGGUAAAUAUGACCAGCUUGAAAUGGACUAUGGUGUGAAGGAUGCAGUUGAUGCACCAGAAUUAAAAAAGAAGAAAAGUGAAGGAAAAGUUCCUGAUUCCAAACUUGACAAACGGUUACAGUCACUGGUAGAUUUGAUCUGUGAUGUAAAAUCAAUGGAAGAAGCUGUCAUGGAAAUGCAGUAUGAUGCCAAGAAAGCUCCUCUAGGUAAACUAACAGCUGACCAGAUAAAGGCCGGGUACAAGGCGCUGAAGAAGAUAGAUGCAUGCAUAGAGAAGAAAGAUUUUGGUUCAACGUUAAACAACGCCUGUGAUGAGUUUUAUACUAGAAUACCUCAUGACUUUGGUAUGAAACCCCCUACAAAGAUAAAUACUAAAGAACAAGUAAAACAAAAAAUAGCUUUGUUAGAGGCACUUGUUGACAUUGAGAUUGCAAUUAAGAUGUUGAAGGAAGGAGAUUACUCAGAGAAUCCUGUAGAUCGCCAUUAUCACUCAUUAAAAUGCGAUAUAGAACCAUUAGAUCACAAGUCAGAGGAAUUUAAGCUUGUGGAGACAUACCUACAAAAUACUCAUGCUAAGACACAUAAUCAGUACAAAAUGAAACUCGUCGAAGUAUUUGAUGUGUCCAAACACGGUGAAAAAGAACAUUUUAAUGAUGUCGGAAACAGGCUUUUGUUAUGGCAUGGUUCACGACUUACAAACUGGGCAGGAAUUUUGAGUCAAGGCCUCCGUAUUGCUCCACCAGAGGCACCUGUCACUGGUUAUAUGUUUGGAAAGGGAGUGUAUUUUGCUGACAUGUCAAGUAAAAGUGCCAAUUACUGUUUUGCAACAAGAGCCAAGAAUACUGGAUUAAUGUUGCUUUGUGAUGUUGCCCUUGGAAACACGAAUGAUCUCUUGGCUGCUGACUACAAAGCUGAUAAACUUCCAGCAGGUAAACACAGUGUAAAAGGUGCUGGCAAAAUAGCCCCUGAUCCAAGUCACGUCACUAAAACACCGGAUGGAGCAGUUGUGCCCUGGGGUAAGGCCAAAGAUACAGGAGUUACCAACCCUAAAGGUUACACAUUGAACUAUAAUGAGUUUAUAGUCUAUGAUACCAGGCAGAUUAAGAUGAAAUAUCUUCUUAAAAUAGACUUCAAAUUCUAGAUGAAAAAAAAAACACUUGUCAGAAGAUUUUAAAAAUAGGGAGUUUUUCUGUAGAAGAUGAAAAAUUGACAUAAAGGACCAAGUUUGUGGACAGUUUUAGCAAAUGUAGAAGUUCUUAGAUCAUGUGUAAAAAAAUCUUAACAUUUAACUUUUUAAAAAGUAGAUGAUUAUAUUAGUUGUUAAUUUUACUAAUACAAGAUUUUGUUUUGAUGUCAAAGUUUGUUUGUUUAAAGCUUAGGCUGUUUGUAGUAUGUAUAAGGGCAGCAAAUUGUUAAGUCGUUACAAGGAGAGUAAUUGCGAUCAUAAUGAUGUGAUGCUGAAAAAAUUUACGAUAAACAAAGUGAGAUAACUUCAGAUUAGUCAUUUUCCUUGGUUAUGUGAUGUUGUUAAAAUUAACAAUAAUUAUGAUAAACUGAGGUAAGUCAGAUAAGGAGUGUUGAUGUGCCACAAAGUUCAAUUUAGUUUUGAUACUGUAUCUGUAUUUUUUCUAUGUUAAGUUAAAUGGUUGUGAUGUAGUUUUUUUCCCAUUAGCAUUUGCAUUUGUUUCUGCAUUUGUGUACACAUCUUUUGGUAGGAGCACAUAGUAAUGUGGUAGUAUUAAUGUUGAAGGUGAUUUAGAGCUGCAUUAAUGAAACCCAUAAUACUCGUUCUAACAUUAGAAAACGUUCCAAAUUCAUAGCAGUUCAAAUCAGUUACAUAAAAUCAGCAGGAUAAGGGUUGGUUGGAAAUUUAUAAACAUCAUUCUUUCAGUUUAGUUAGUGUUGUAAUUAGAUGUUUUUAUUGAUAUCCAAAACACAGUCACUUUCUGCCUAUAGUACAAUAUAGCUUUGUACCCCUCUGUUAUUAUGAUAACAUUUUCCUUAAAGGGACUUCAUUGCAGUUUUUUUCACAUGACGGGACUGGAUAUAAUUUAGCCAGAUUAAUGUUCCAUUUCAUGAAGGUCUAGAUCAGUAACUUGUGUGCAAAAUUUCAGCUCAUUCGCUCAUUCUGUUUUUCCAGAGUAAUAUUAAUUCUAAUUGUGAAAAAUGAUCUAAAAUUGAAAAGCAAUGCAAUGCUUUUCCCCUCAAAUCGGACCGAGAACAAAAAUACUAUAUUCAGUAUAUUUCUGAGUAUAUUUCUUAAUAACCUUUUACAAAUAUUUCUGUUUUAAGUGUCCCUGCUGAUAAAUGUAAGAAAUUCAAAUUUUAUGUUUUUAGACGUUUGAACCUGAGUGGAGUUCCUUUAAUACUUGGAUCUGGGAUAAUAGAUAACAUUUCAUCUGUUUCACAUUUUGUUAGGCUUUUUUUUCUCUGUUAAGAAUUUCAUUUUGUAUUAAUUUCAUUUUGCAAGUUUAAAUCUUUGAUUUAACUUCUUGAUAUUAAUAAAACUCUUGAAAACAGUAUGUGUUAUUUUUUAAGCAGAGGUGAGGUACUUAGAAAAAUGAAUAAAAAUCAUAAACUAUGA